UGUCGUUAUUCGUAUAAUUCGGUUGCCCGUUGGGUGUUUGAAAAUUUGAAUGAAUAUAAACAGAAUAAAUUGGUUUAGUUUCUCUUUUUAAUCAGUUUUUGUAUUGCAUUGGUAAUAUAAUUAUAAAUACAAUAAAAAUAUAAGUAUGGAUUACUCAACGCUUAGUAAUAAAACUAAUAUAACUGAGAUGGAAGACCUAACAGGUGAUGAGUUAAACGAACGAUAUUAUUCACUAAAAAAACAAUACGAGAACCUUUCAAGUAAUUAUGAUGCAAUAAAACAAGAGUUACACGAUACAAAAAGGAAUUUCCAGACUGCUCUCAAUGUUCAAAGUCAUCUAAACUUGGAACUUGAAAGCUAUCAACAGGAAGAAAAGAAACGAAAUAGCGAGCUUCAAUCAAAAAUAUCUUAUUUACAAGAAGAAUUAACUGUCCUGAGAAACGAGAAAGCCGAUAUAAUUGAACGUCAUUCCAAUGAAAUAAAAAAGUUGGAGGCUGAGAAGGCUUUACUAAAAGAGGAGCAGGUUAUUACAUCUCGGAAAACACCAGAACGAGAUACAACCGAGAUAGAUGAAAUGCGCUCAAAGCUAUCAACUGUGAUGUCUGAUACUGCCCUAACCAAAACAGCGCUCGAAGAAGCACAGCACGAAAUAACAUCUUGGAAGUUAAGGGUGGAGGAGAUGGUGACAGAAAUUGGGGAAUUACGUGUAGCUGCUGAGAUCAGACGAGAAGAGUUGAAGUCAGCUUCUGAGAGGGAGGCAUCAGCUCUUGCAGAGCUUGCUGAGGCUCGAAUGAUACUCCAACAAGCUGAUACACAAGAUGUGCAACCACAUGCUGCUAAGGGGAAUUCCAUAUUUGCUGAAGUUGAAGAUAAAAGGCAAGAAAUGGCAAAAAAUCUAAUUCAAAUGAAACAAACAAAUUCAAGGUUGCGACGAGAUCUUGCCAACAAACAAACAGAGUUGGAUGCACUACUACAUGAGAAGCAAACAGUUUGGGAACAGCAAACUGGAGCUGCAGCUCAUAAUGAUAGGCAGCUUGUUGAGAGCUAUGAAGAGAGAAUUAGUCAAUUAGAGGGCCUGUGUGAGCGACAGAGAAGGGAGCUGGCCAAGUGGUUCAGCAAAUUAUGUGAGCCAACUGCCAAUGGAUGGCUGCAUGGUGUCAUGGAGCAUUUGAAAACCGAAUGUGAGCGACUUCGUGGGGAAGUUCUAUCGCAGGGUGCGGCCCAAUUAGCCAGUGCAGCUCAAAUAAGAGAGCUGCAAAGGAAAAUAGCCCAAAUGACUGCAACUAAUACCAAACAAUCGCCUCUGCACUGCAAUGGUGACAAAGACGAUAGCAGUGUGAUCCAAACGCAGUUUAGGCCAGUUGAUGUGAAGAGAAUUGAUGAUGUCAAGAAGAAAGUGUCAUUUAAUUAGUUCAACUAAAACUUUCAAGAUGAAAUGGUUUUGGAGCUAGAGGAAAAAUAACACCAAACUCAAAUAACCAGUUGAAGUAAACAGAAUUUCUUUAUUAUUCGAAAUAAAUAUAUGAGGGUCUUUACCAGAAAACUUGACAUAGCUCUAAACGUCAGAUACAAAUUUUUCGACCAAAUCGUCCCUAAUGCUAUCUCCCGACAUGUAUAAAUAUAUUAUAUUAUCAAGAAAAUAAUAUUUUUUAUAGAUUUAAAAAAAAAUUGAUUUCUAUAUUCAAACAUAAUAAUAAUAAUUUUCGUUGUUUUGUAAUCGAUAAUCAACUCUGUUAUUUUUCUUAAGCAUUUGAUGAUAUUCAUCAUCAGCUGGAAGAUAUAUGCUGCUGGACAAAGGCCUCCUCUAAAGAUCUCCACGACGCUGGCCACAUCCAAUAUAUUGCAGCUAUCUUGACCAGAUCGUCGGUCCAUGACAACAAUGCCUCUUCCGUUACUUGGUCGCCAUUCGAAGUCUUCUGCCCCAUCAGGAUGUCCGUCGAACUAUGUGCCCUGCCCACUGCCACUUCAGUUUAGCAAACAUUUGGGCUAUAUCGGUGACUUUGGUUCUCCUGCGGAUCUUUUCAUCAUUUCUGAUUUGAUCUCGCAGGGAAACUCCGAGUACUCCAUUGUCCUCUGAGCGACCAUGAACUUUCUCAUCAGGCCCACCGUAAGUCAUCACUGGUAAUACACACUGGUUGAAAACCUUCGCCUUCAGACACUGUGUUAUUUGGGACGAGAAGAUUUUGAUAAUUGACAAUCCUUAUAUAAUUUAUACGUCUAGAUAGUCUCUUGCUAUUUGAUAACCGAUAAAAACAGGCCAGGAAUAUUAGUUUAGUAUGCGUGACAAGCUACGUCUACGUCUAUUUGAAUGACACUUAGUGUUAGUGUAAGUGAAUUUCACAAAUUAGAGGUUAGUUCUAAAUUCUAUUUUUUCGACUUUUUCAUAGCUGUCAUUAUCUAUUUAGGCGUAUAAAUGAUGUAAGUGACAAUCAUUGUAAUUCUUAGCUUCCAUUGACAAGGCUGUAUAGUAUGUAUGUAAAUGUUCUUACCUUUUUUGGCCGUUAUCGUUAUUUAGACUACCUAAUCUAAAUCUCCUUUCAACCCUUUAUAACUUUUGAGGUGAUCAUUUAGUAUCAUAGUGUGACUGAAAAGUCUGAUUGAUAAUAGGUUUUUAAUUAAGGAACUAAACUAUUGCAUAUUGUACAUAUAUAAAUUAAAAUAUAUAUUUUUGUGAUCAUUGUAAAUAGUCAUCCAAUUACAAUAAUUAUAACUUUUUUGUAA